GUAUACAUGUACGUAGCUUCAGUUGAUCCGGCAUUAUCGCACACAAGCCAGUUUCUCGCAGUAGGAUUUUUCAAAAUACGCACAAAUCAUAAUUUCAAUCCUAUACUCUAACCAAGAUUCAUUCAGUCGGCUCUCGUGUAGUUAUCGAAUAAGUAUAGGCCUACAUGUGCAGUGGCUCGGCAUUGUUCGAUUAAAAUGCGUGAUUUCUUGAAGCACGUCUCCGUCGAGCCGUCGCUUCUCAUUUUUACCCUGAUUAGUGAUUGGAUUGACGGCUGUAAUACGAAUUUAUAUCUUCAAAAGACCUGUAGAUUCAACCUCACAUCGGAACCGGACCUUAAUACAGAAUGCGAAGAUAAUCCUGCUGGACUUUUAUUCGUUUCAGAAGUGAAUUCCAAGUAUCGAUUUACAGCGUCCUUUAUAACUCAGCUUUUCAUAGUAUUCGCCACAUCGUGGAGUGACAAAGCUGGUCGAAGGAGAAGACCUUUGAUAUACAUGCCAAUCAUGGGACAAAUCUUACUCUCGUUAUCGGGCUGCUUAAAUUCGUAUUUUUGGAAAUGGACGCCUCUUACAGCCGUUAUAUCUAAUUCGAUUAUUGAAAGCUUGAACGGAGGUAUUGGAUUAAUGGUCGUUGGCAGCCAAAUAUACGUUUGUGAUAUAACUGAACCUAAAGAUCGUACCAUGAGACUGGGAUUUGUUGGGGCAAUCUUGAUAGUUUGCUUAGUUUUGGGUAAAGGUGGAGCUGGAAUCAUUUUACGUAAUUUGGGAUUUUUUCAAUCCUAUUUGUUGUGUUUUGUUUUAUCUGUGAUUUCGUUGAUUUUUGGAUUAAUUUUUAUCAAAGAUACUUCGGUGCCGGUUCCGGAUAAAGAACCGUUUUAUCAUGUUUUUAAUGUGAAACGCUCGAUGUCGGAUAAUUUUAAGACAGUUUUCAACAAAAAAUUAGGAAGGAGAAGAGUUAUAGUUGCGUUGCUAAUGGUAGCCUAUCUUGCAGUCAAUUUCACAACAUUUGGAGAACUAUCAGUACUGUAUCAAUAUCUCAAUCACAGAUUUCACUUGGACGAACGACAGUACAGUUACUUUUUGUUUUAUAGAUUUUCAAUAGGAAUACUAGGUAUAUUGAUUUGCUCGGUUGUGUUGAGUAAAUAUCUCAAAAUACACGAUGGAUUGAUCGGUAUAGUGGCUGGAUUUUUUGACACGAUAGCUAUUGUUGUAUUGCUGUUGGCUACUCACAUUCGGCAAAUUUACCUCAUUCCAUUUUUGGAUAUUUUCCAUGGUACAGUUUCGACAAUUUGUACAUCGUUCAUGAGCAAAUAUUAUCAUACCAAUGAAUUAGGUCGAAUGAAUGCUGUCGCUGGAAUACUUUGUAUACUAUAUUCUGCAUCUUAUCCUGCAUACAAUGUGAUUUUUUAUAACACGAUAAAUGUUUUUCCUUCUGCAUUUUGUCUUCUAAGUGUUGUAUUGAAUGUAAUCAUCUUGUUGUGCUUUUGCUUUGCUUACUAUCUUGACAAAAAAAUCGACCAAGUAAACUCCGCAAAUGUUCCAGAGGAAAAAAAUACUAUGAUUGUCUCGACAUGACACAUACAGUGGAUCAUAUGUAUAACAUGAUUACCUGUAUCAAUACAAAAUAGGGAACUAUAACCCAGGUAUGUCAGACGGCAAUUUUGUUCCUGGUUUGACGAACUUAGCAUUGCAGUAUAUGGGAAUUCGGCAAACUUUAACCGCGUAUAUCUUCAAAACCGUGCACUUUUACAACUUUUUCAUAUUAACAUUUUUGAAAGAGAAUUGAACGAGCUUUCCAAUGGUAUGCUACAUGUAUCAAUUGAAAUACAUUUAAUUGUUUUGAAUUUCAGUCAUUUUUCAGCACUUCAUUUUUGGGUUAAAAAUAGUUUGAAAUUGUGUGAAAUUCACAGCAUGUGCUCUAAUUCAAUGAUUACUUUCAUUCUAUGCCAGAAAUUCCGUCAUAAAAACCUUGAAUCGAAAAACAACAAUUUUUUUUUUUGUGAGGAACAAAAUGGGAGUCUGACAUACCCAGGUUACAGUACCUUAAUACAAAAAACACCUACUAUAAUUUAAAAAGAUCGUUGAUGUGAUUUUCUUUAUAGGAGGAAUAGAUGUGAAUAAGAAUAAUAUUUUGUUGAAGCGAAUAAGUAAUUUUUUGUGAUUUUGUAUGUAGAAUAAAUCGAGCAUUUAUUCGACAGGUAUUAUUGUUAUCCUAUGUAACAUAUCUAUCAAAAAACAGAACUUCUAGUCUCCUCUCUGAUACCUAAUUAAUAAUGUACAAAUAUCGUUUAAAGAUUUUUUUUUCAUAAAGUUGUGUGGAGGGGUUGAAAGGGAGACAAGGACGUUCGAUAGACCUACACUAAAAAUAAACCGAGCUUGCCAAAUAUCAGGACUUUGGGUCAAUUUUAGAGAAGCUGAAGCUAAUGAUUUCUCUAUCUAGGAAGAAAACACAUGGUGGCUUUGAUAUUUUUUUUUCGUUGUAAAAAAUUUUAGGGGAUUUGUGGAGGGGAGGUGAAAAUUGCAUCUAAUAGAGCUGUUAGACCCCUACAAUGGGUAUGGUUUUUUCAUUUUUCACACAACUUCACCCUCCCCCCCCCCCCACCGAUAUAAACCCAAAAAACAUCGUUAUGAAAGUCACGCUCCAUUUCGGGCAACUUUGAUAGUUGAUGACUGUGGUGAAUCCAAAACAAAUAAAUUUGUGAUAUACAUAGUUUUGAACGAGAAAAAAACAAGUUUUGAGCUUUUUUAAAAAAUACGUUUUUGUUCAACCUUGCUUGCUGGUUCAGUUACUAAUAUUCUACGAAAUAGUGAGGUGUGAUUAGUUGUCUCAUGAAAUGACUUUUUAAAAUUAUUUUAUUACGAGUUUUAAGCAUGAUAAAAACAUUUUAAAAUAUUAGUCCGACGAAAACUGCGUAGUUUCCCAAAAAUUUAAAAAUAUAUAUAUAUUACUGUCAUGGAGCUACAUUUAAUUUCGUUUUUUACGCAUAUGCAAUUGUACCUGUCACCUUUUAACAAUUUUUUAUCAUGAUUAAUACUAUACUCAUGUAAUAGGUACCUACAAUGAUUUUCAAGAGUUUAUUGCCAUGUCAGUAAAAUAUUUUCAUUUUCAAUUCUUGGAAGCUUUUCGUCGCUGAUAUCGUACCUGUUACAGUUUAACAAUUUUUUAUCAUGUUUAAAACUAUAAGUAUCUACCUACUUCCCUACAAAUGUAAAAAAAUUUGAAUACACAUAAUCCUUUGUUAUUAACAUGUUUUGUAGUAACAUUAUUUACAAUUAAUUAAUAGAAAAAAAAUACAUAAAAUCUGCUACUUUACCUUUACCUACCAAACUCAUGCUAGGGUCACAACUGGGCAAAGGAUUCUUGUAACCUACCCCAUUCAUUCCUGUCUUGAGCUACCCUGUGAUACAUCUUGUGCUAUAAAAAUUCAUCAAGGUCAUCAGUCCACCUCGCCCUCUGCCUACCCUGCUUUCUAUGUUUGUGCCCUAAAAACCAGAAGGUGAUCUGAUAUGUCCAUCAAUUGUCUGUCAACCUACUCACAUGUCCUGUCCACUUCCACUUGUUUCUUCUAACCCAGUGCUUACAGAUAAUAUUAUUUUUUAAUUUUAAUUUUAUUGUUUCAACUUUUAAUCCUUAUUCUAUCUGAUUUUUCGAUAUGCAGCAUUGAUCUUUCUAUAGGGUUCUGAGUAGUUUCGAUUUUCUUCAUAAUUUUCUCAGUCAAUGUCCAAGUUUGAGAACCAUAUGUCAAAGCAGGCAGGACACAUGCAUUGAAGACUUGACUUUUGUGGUAGUUUUGAAAAGGUCCUUUAACACUUAAACGUUGACUUAAACUUAAGUCCCAUGUCUACAACUACGGGGGAAUUUUUUCAAAAAAGGUCCGGCUGGCAGCUGUCAGCUGCCAUGUCAAUGAUUACGUGUUAAAAUAUUUUUUAAAGUCCAAUAUUUUUUCCACACUAGUGUGAUACGCCUAUUUACUUCUUUUUCUGUACAGUCAUCAAAAGCUAUUAGUUGCCCAAGGUAAAUCGUUUCAGAUACCUUUUCGAUUUCUAUAUUCUCUAUUUUUAUUUUUUCAACAAUAUUUUUUGUUAGAAUUUUUGUCUUAUAAAAGUUUAUUUGAAGCCUCGCUGUUUUUGCUGACUCAUUCAGUUCCCACAUCAUCUUCUCUAGUUACUCAAUACUGUUGGCUACUAUAGUCUGUUCAAAAAUAAGAAGUGCAAACUUUUUUAAGGAGCAAAACAUAGGGUCCCCACGAACAAGCAAGGUUCAGCACUAUGCUAAACCAACGAAAUUGAUCACCGGGUUGCUUUUCAUUGCUGUGUAAAGUGGUUUACCUCCCCGUCAGUUCCCUGGAACACCGCGCCUCUUGCUGCACUGCGUGGUUGCAGCUUGCACUUCUUAUUUGGAAUGGACUAUAAAACUACGUCAUCUGCAGAAAGAAGAUGACUUAGUCGCUCUCCAUUGAUCAGAAGUCCCCUAUUAUCCCACAACAUAUUUUUGAAAAUUUCCCGUAUUGCCGCAUUGAACAAAACAGAUGAGAGAGGGUCCCCUUGCUUAACUCCUCUUUCCACACUGAAGUAGUCACCCAUUCUAUCUGUAAUUAUCCUUGAUUUUAGAUUUUUGUAAAUAUUCUGGAUCAGUUUCACUAACAUUAUUGGUACACCCUGAUUAAUGAUUAACUAGAGCCUUUAACAUAUAAAAUUGUGACGAAGAGAAUCAAAUGCCUUUGCAAAGUCUAUGAAGGCAAAGUGGAUCUCAACCUGGUGUUCAUUGCAUUUUUGGAUAAGCUGAUUGAUGGUGUGGAGAAGAUCAACUGUUGAGAAAUUUCUUGUAAAACCUGUCUGCUCCCGAGUUUGCACCUGGUUUAGUAUAUUUCUUACCCUAGAUUCUAUUGCCUUUGAAAAGAUUUUUGACAUAGCUAAUACUCAAAGAAAUUGGUCUGUAAUUGGUGAUGUUGUGCUUAUCACCUUUUUUGUAAGUAUAAAAGAAUAAUAUCGGACAGUUUAAAAUCGUCUGGUACAACCAGCUGUUCCAUAAUUUUGUUGAAGUAAGCCCUUAUCUUUUCAAUGAGACGCCAUUUGCUAUUUGAUCAUAACCAGUUGCUUUGUUAUUUUUCAGGUUUUUUAUAAUUAUUUCUAUUUCCUCAAAGAUAAAUUCGGGCUCCUUCUCACCAGAUAACAAGUUGAUCACCUCAACACCAUUGCACUCAUUUGAAUACGAUUUUUCAUAAAAUUCUGUAGCUAUUUGGUUUAUUGAGAUUCUGUUGAAUUGUUUGAUACCAUUUUUAUCUGUCAGAUGAGUAGUCCAUGUUUUACCUAGAGACAGACUCUUUUUUAUUGUUUUUAUGCUUUUUGUUGAUUCAGGUAUAUUGCCAAUUAUGCUGUUUUUUUUUUGUGAUACCUAGUUAUAUUCCAGACCUUUUUUGACUAGUUUGCAUAGCAGGUUUUGCUCUAUCUUCUCUUGGGUUGUCUUAUUUUUGAUACGUUUGAAUUUUUCUCUAUCCCUGAUCAAAUUCUUAAUCUCUUGUGAGAGUGUGUUGCAAGAUUUUUUUUUCAUAAAGUUGUGUGGAGGGGUUGAAAGGGAGACAAGGACGUUCAAUAGACCUAUACUAAAAAUAAACCGAGCUUGCCAAAUAUCAGGACUUUGGGUCAAUUUUAGAGAGGCUGAAGCUAAUGAUUUUUCUAUCUAUGAAGAAAACAUAUUAUGCUGGCUGCUGGCUUUGAUAUUUUUUUUUUGCUGUAAAACAUUUUAGGGGAUUCGUAGAGGGACGUGAAAAUUGUAGGUAUCUAAUAGAGCUGUUAAGAUCCCUACAAUAGGUAUGGUUUUUUCAUUUUUCAAGCAACUUCACCCCCCCCCCCCCCUCUGAUAUAAACCCAAAAAACCAUCGUUAUCAAAGUCACGCUCCAUUUCGGGCACCUUUUGAGGUGAAUCCAAAACAAAUGAAUUUUUGUUAUACCUAAUUUUGUACAAGAAAUAAACAAUUUUUAAGCUUUUUUAAAAAUACGUUUUUGUUCAACCUUGCUUGCUGGUUCAGUUACUAAUAUUCUACGAAAUAGUGAGGUGUGAUUAGUUGUCUCAUAAAAUGACUUUUUAAAAUCAUUUUAUUACGAGUUUUAAGCAUGAUAAAAAAUUUUAAAAUGUAACGGAUACGAUAUUACAAACAGACAAAAACUGCGUAGUUUCCCAAAAAUUGAAAAAAAUAUAUAUUUUACUGUCAUGGAGCUACAUUUAAUUUCGUUUUUUACGCAUAUGCAAUGGUACCUGUCACCUUUUUUAACAAUUUUUUAUCAUGAUUAAUACUAUACUUAUGUAAUAGGUACCUACAUACAAUGAUUUUCAAGAGUUUAUUGCCAUGUCAGUAAAAUAUUUUUAUUUUCAAUUCUUAGAAGCUUUUCGUCUCUGAUAUCGUACCUGUCACAGUUUAACAAUUUUUUGUCAUGUUUAAAACUAUAGGUACCUACUUACACACCUCGUAUAAAUAGGUAGGUAUGUAUGAUAUAAAUAGGAAAAGCGUAGAAAAAAUUUCAUCAGUCGCAGUUUUGUAACAGUUCAGUGUGUUUGAAACAGUACCUAAAAAGUGAACUAGAAAUGUCUAAAACUACAAUUUUGGUGAUCGGUUUAUUAAUGGUCUAUGUUGCAGUAGUUCCGAUGAUCGAAGCUCAACAGAAGUGUAAAGUUCAUCAUAAAAUCUUCUCCACUUCAAACAGGUGUGAUGAGGUAUGUCGUGAAAAAUGCGAAAGCAUAAUAUGUGGCGGUAUUCAAUCCUGUGCGAAGGAAACGAGCAGGGGUAAGGAAGUGUUUAAAUGUAUUUGCCUAGGGCAGAACCAAGGGCCAGAGUAAAACCCACGAACAUGUCACGUAGCAUUAACUACUUACUUUAUUGAGUAUACUUAAUAAAAUUUUUAAAAACACAAAGGCCUGAAAAAAAAGAUAACGACCAAUUAUCGAUUAGUUUUAUUAUAAAUUUUAAAUCUCAGUGUGACAAAGCUGAGAACAUGAAGAAUUAAAUAAAUGUAACACAUCAUUGUUA